UGAAAUGCACACACACACACACACAGAGACACUGUCGAGGGACAGGUGUUGCAACCCCAGUCUCCGGGAACUGUGAGGACUGUAAAGCGGUGGAAUGCUGCACCGGAUCGCGGCUCUACUCCUGCCGGUGCUCGCGGUGAGCUGCGCGAGCGCUGCACGGCUUCCUCGCAGAGAGACGCUGAACGACCGGCCGCUGAUCGGUAUUUUGGCUCAGGAGGUUACAGACUCUGAGCUACGACCGUAUGGAGCAACCUACAUUCCCUCGUCUUAUGUGAAGUACAUCGAGUCAGGCGGAGCACAAGUGAUUCCCAUUCGACUGAAUCUGACCAGAGAAGAGCAUGAAAAACUCUUCCAGUCAAUCAAUGGCCUUGUUUUUAUCGGUGGUGCGGUGAAUCUGGAAACAUCUCUCUUCGCACACACUGCUGGGAUUUACUUCAGACUCGCUCUUAAGGCCAACGAUGAGGGCGACUACUUCCCUAUCUGGGGAACGUGUCUGGGCUUCCAGCUCCUCACGGUACAGGUGGCUGGAGAGAACCUUCUGAGCAAAACCAUGGCAGACAACGUCUCAAUGCCCUUAAACCUCACCUCAGAGGCCCAGUCCAGCCGUAUGUUUGCGAGUUUUCCUCCAGAGCUGGUCAAGGCGCUAUCAGAGGAACCGGUCACGGGAAAUUUCCACCAUUAUGGAGUGACAGAGCAGGUAUUUGUAGGAAAUAAGAAACUGAGUAGCUUCUUUACCAUAUUGUCUACGAACAAGGCGGAGAACGGAGUUGUAUUCGUCUCGACCAUGGAAGGGAAGAAGUACCCGUUCUACGGCGUUCAGUGGCAUCCAGAAGUGAACUGUUUCCAGUGGAAUUCUCACUACAGCUUUCCUCAUUCUAAAAACGCUGUCCAUGUGUCCUCACUACUGUCCCAGCUUCUUGCGAAUGAAGGAAGGAGAAGCUCUCACCACUUCAGUCAGCUGGAGGAGGAGAGGCGAGCACUCAUAUACAACUAUAAUCCUGUUUAUACAGAAAACUUCAGUGCAUACGAGCAAAUCUACUUCUUCUAAAUGAAAACCUCUUUCCAGUUCACACUCAGUCCUCAUACUCAUUUUUAUACAUGUAACUCUUCUUUUCUGGGUUGUAUUAAUCCAUUAGAGAUAUCAUGAUUUUUAUUUCAUUAUUAGUUUAUUUAAAACGCAGAACGUUGUUAUGCCUUUGUAUGAAGAGAACAGGUGCUUUGCUUUUCACAUUUUUGUUUGUUUGUUUGUUUGUUUUUUGUUUGUUUUUUGUUUUGUUUUUUUAUCAUUCAAAAGAAAACAGCGUUUCAUUUCCUGCUUUACCAGAAGAGGGCAGCAUUUAUCUUGCAAAGAGGAAUAAAAUGUACCUCAGUAACUCA